UUCACACACAUUUAUUGCUACAAUAUGGCAAGCUUGCAGCAGCAGCAGGGCAGUGGCGGUGGGAACACCAACCGUGUUGUCGCGGUGGCGCAGACGCCGCCCGCCGUCGCCGGAAACAAAGAAUUUGAUCAGGAAGAUCAAUUUCAACAGGAACCCGGGUGGAAAAAAUUCUUGAAGCAUGUUGAACCUGGUUUCUUGGUUUCGUUGGCAUACCUUAUAAGCUCUAUUGGUCUCAUUCUCUCUCGUGUCCACGAUAUAAUGUCUCAGAGUUCUUUAUUUCGGUACGUUGACGAUAAAAAAUCUCUUUUAUUUUUUUCUUUAGUACAACAUUAAGUUUAUCAUAGUCUGGCGAUCUCGUAGCUUUCAGAAAUGACUAAUUAUAGCAUAAUUUUGACAUUUUUCCAUUACAACAAAAAAAAUUGUUAAGGACACUUUUUAAUGCAAUUAAGGAUGCUACUUUGUUUAUACACGUACCACCAACGCUUUAAAAAGCGUUCUUAUUGUUGGCGUCCAACUAAAAUUAUUGGAUGCAAAUGGAAACAUCCUAAAAAAAUAAAAGAUUAAGUUAAUUUGUUAUUAAUUUAAGGACACUUUCUUUUGCGUCCUAAAUUGUUGUUUUGUCAUUAAUUUAAGGACGCUUUCUUUUGCGUCCUAAACUGUUGUUAUUUUUUAAAACUUUUCAAUGCAAGUAAUUACGUCUCAAUUUUUGUGUCCUUAAAAGAUAAGUUUUUUGCAGUGUCCUCACUUGUCCCACGGUUCUUUGAGUUAGGGAAAACCAUGUAAGAUUUGGUAGACAAAAAAUUAUGUGUACAAAACGUUUUGAUUAAGUAAACGGUUUCAUUUAAUAUACUUAGUCAAUUAUAUCUUUAAUUUUCACACAUACACACUAUAUUAAUAAACAUAAAUAUAGAUGUUGAAUUUUUUUCCUAUGAGAAAAUUGAAAAAAAAGGUCAUAUAAUUAGUCAUUAUUUAAUGUUACGAGAUUGACCAGGAGAAAAAAUUCAAUAGUCAAGAUUUUUUUCUCAUUGACCAUGGCAAUUUACUUAACUUUUUUGCAAUUUUUAAAACUUGCAGUAGAUCAAAGUGAGACAAUAUGUCGUGUACAAAGGGAGUAAUUAAUACAUAUUUGUAGCAGUAAUGCUGCUGAUUAAUUAUCUUAAUUGCAGUGGAAACUGAUUUGCAGGCGGGAGCAAACCACGGCUAUGAAGUAAUUAGCUAAACCCAUACACACUUUUGUUAAUUUCUUAUAAUCUCAUUUAAUUUAAUGUAAAUUGCAAACGCACUUCUAAUUACUCACAUAAAUGUGACAAUUUUAGUACUAACUACUAUGAAUAUUUAAUUUUUUUCAAACGAAUUUCAUAACUUUCGGCUCCUAGAAUAUUCGGAAGUUUUCAAUUUGCGGUUCUCCUAUAUUUUUGACCCCAAAGAAUUAGUCUUUACACAGAAUUUUUAAUUCUUCUGAAAUGAUUCCAUGAAUGUUAAAAAUAAUUCUUUUUAACGAAUAUUCAGAAAAUGGUCACAAAAUCAAUCACCCAUUUUUUUUGGCUUUGCAUAUGGAAAGUGAAAAUAAAUGGCCCCUAUUCGUGAACUUUUUCGAGAUUUCGGCCACAAGCAACGGCAUGUAAAUGCGCUUCUUGUGUAAGUACUGGCGUUGUGAGCUGUUGAGUAUGUCGUGCUUGCAUACUGCAGUGUAGAAGAGCACGUCACUUAUUACCCAAUUAGAAUCCACCAUGUAAUAAUUUAAGAAAGUCAGUUUUUUAUAGUAGAUUUCUUUUUUUAAUGAAUUUAUUAAAUUUUAAUGAAAUGAGAAAGAUAAGUGGUGUAAAUGUUGCUUGAAGAUUGAAUUUCUUAGAACUCAGGGUGUUCGAUUUGAUAUUUUUUGUCCUAUGAUGAAUUUUAGCAAAAUGAUUACACUAUAACACUAGAAAUUAAGCCUAUUUGUUGUCCUAUAUUGAAUUUUGGCAAAAUGAUUAUACAUUUAAAGAAAUUAAACCACUUUUACACGUAAUAUUUAAUUAUAUUUGCAUAUUUACAGCUGUUGUGGGUGAUACUUAUCGGAUUGGUGUUUGCUCUUAUUUUUUUUUAUGAAUAAGUAAAAUAAAAAAGAACCAAGCCAAACCACAGGUGAAAUACAAAGUCGGCUAAUACAAAGUGACAAGGUAAAGACCAAGAGGCAAGAAGCUAGGGGCCAGACCCUAAUUCGAUCGAACACAGUUCGAAACACUCAUCGAAACCCAGAGUGGGCGGGCCUCAUUAAAACCCCUUAGGGAUAAAACCCAAUGGGAUAAAACUCUCCAAGGGGAAAAAGAGUACCCUGAAGAGUGACUCCAAGUGUGCCGAAAAAACAAAAGACCAAAACAUGUGAACUCCAUCAUCUGUCUGGAAGGUGGAGGAGAACCUGAUCGUGUGGAAAACGUGAGUACAAGAUGCUGUAGGUAGCUUCUUUGAUCUCAGAGAUGACCCUCGUUGCGUCCCAUGCUUUCCCAUCGAAGAUAAUCUUGUUCUGUGUCCUCCAAAUGAUCGACCCUGAAGCCAUAAGAGCAAUCCUCUUUGCCGUUUGAACAAUCUGAGAUCCUCGAAUCUGCCGUCCUGCCCAUUUGAUGACGCUCCUAAUUGUCGUCGAUCUCCUCGCAAUGCCAAGCCAAAGCAUAAUCUUUCCCCAAACUGUCCAAGUCUUUGUGCACCUGAAACAGAGAUGGUCUGCUGAUUCCUCCUCUCAGCGACAAAGCUGACAAGUAGGGUCCAGAUUCUCCAAGAAGUGUAGGCGAUCUCGUGUGGAAAGGCGUCCUCGAAGCGCGAGCCAAGUAAUGAACGAGUACUUAGGAGGGACAAAGUCCUUCCAGACAUACUUAGCCCAUAAUCGUCUCUCACCUCUCGGCCUAAACCAAUCAUAUGCCUCAUGGACCCUUAUAAUUCAAUCACUAGCAGCAAAUCUAGGAGUCAGCACUGGCAAAUAUUUAGCGGAGCAUUGCAAGGCUGAGUAUCCAAUAUUUGUCAAAUUAUGCUUGUGGAUUCUAGCUGAGCUUGUUGUCAUCACUGCCGACAUCCCAGAAGUGAUUAGGAUGGCAUUUGCUCUGAACAUCUUAUUUAAGAUACCAGUUUGGGUUGGGGUUCUCUGCACAGGGUGCAGUACUCUACUCUUGCUCGAUCUACAAAAAUAUGGUGUUAGGAAGCUGGAAUUUUUAAUAGCAAUAUUAGUAUUCAUAAUGGCAGCAUGUUUCUUCGGAGAAUUAAGCUAUGUGAAACCUCCGGCUAAAGAAGUGAUGAAGGGAAUGUUUGUGCCAAAGUUAAAAGGCCAAGGCGCCACCGGGGACGCCAUCGCGUUGCUCGGCGCACUCGUUAUGCCGCAUAAUCUUUUUCUUCAUUCUGCUCUAGUGUUGUCGAGAAAGAUACCUAAUUCUGUUCGUGGCAUUAAUGAUGCUUGUCGAUACUUCUUGAUUGAGAGUGGAUUUGCACUUUUUGUAGCCUUUUUGAUUAAUGUGGCCGUUAUUUCCGUGUCUGGUACUGUUUGCUUAGCAGAUGAUCUCUCAAGUGAAAACGAAGAUAGCUGUAGCGACUUAACACUAAAUUGAGCAUUCUUCCUCCUCAAGGUAAACUUAUUCAAUUCUUAAUGUUUUAAAAAAUAGAGUAAAUUGCAGAAAAAAAUUCUUGCAAUUUGGUUAAACUAUGGCUCUCAUACAACUUUAAAAAUCAUAAAGUUUGAGACGAAAUACUUUGGUGAUACUAAAUCUGAUAUGACAACUUGAAAAUCAAAUGUGAACAUAAUCACUGAUAACUUAAAGAAUAUCAUCUAGCCCGAAACCCGAGUUUUUAGGGUUAUGGUCGA